AUGCUUCGCGGGUUGCUGAGGGGCCCCCUGGCCGCUGCUAGGGGCCCCCCAGUUGCUCUGAGGUUGCAGCAUUGGUUGCACAGCAACAGCAGCAGCAACAGCAGCAGCAGCAGCAACUGCUGCUGCUGCUGCGGAAGGCCUCCAUCCACACUGCUGGCUCUUCGCCACGAUGUCCGGGGCUUUGCUGCUGCUGCAGCUGCAGCAACAGAACAGGCUGCUGCAGCUGCGACCCCUCCAGCUGCUACUAAUAAUCCGGCGACCUGCAGCAGCAGCAGCAACAGCAGCAGUCCCAGUAGCAGCAACAACAGCAGCGUCAUUAGCAGCAGCAUUGGCAGUGACGGCAGCAGCAGCAAAACCAGCAGCAGCAGCGUCAUCAACAGCAGCGUCAUCAGCAGCAGCAUAAGCAGCAACAGCAGCAGUAGCAGCAGCAGCAGCAGCAGCAGCAUGAUUAAGAGCAGCAGCAGCGUGGAUAUGCAGGUUCCCAGGGAGGUGUUUGGGCAGGCGCUGCGGCCGGACAUAUUACAUCAGGUGUAUUGGCACCUGCGUCGUGCUGCAGCAGGUUGGACAGAGCGUCUGCAGCUGUACAAAUGGGACUGGCCUGGCAGCAGCAAAAAGCAAAGACCUCAAACAAUUAAAACGGGCAGAGCCCGCAUGGUAUUGCUGCGCGGUUUGGAGCAAGCCUUAUCUGCGAAGUUUGCCCAGGAGCAAAUUAUCAUCGGUUUGAAUGCAUAUAUGUUGCUGAAGCACCGGAUGGUGAUAUUUACCCUGAAGGCGCUGCAGCAGCUGCUGUUCCUGCUGCAGCAGGAGCAGCAAAAGAGGCUGCCCCGCUAUGCUACACCUGAUGCACUGCCUGCUGCUGCACCACCUCCUGUUGAGGGUUGGGCAGACGAAUGGCUGAUGAUCAAAGCCAGAGAAAGAAACGCCAAGUUCGAUAGGCAACGAAUCCGUGAACUGGCCUCCAAAUGGGUUUGGUCCAGCGAAACCAAAGGCCUCUUGAAAGUGCCUCGCUUUGAUCCUUUAAGCGGUUUUCGGGUUGGCCGAUUUUCAUCUCAAGAGGCGCCGCUGCCAGGCAGCAAAUAUGACAACAUCUACUUAGAUGACGAGCCUUUGGAAGAAGAGGAAGAAGAUAUCGAGCAGCUUGCGGCUGCUUUAGAGCACCUGCUGAGUGCAGCAGCAGCAGCAGCAGUUGCAGCAGCAGCAGUUACAGCAACUGCUGCAACAGCAGAAGCUCGUUUGGGGGCCGAGUGCUCCUUCAAACUGUCCCGGUAUGCAGCAACAGCAGCAGCAACAGCAGCAGCAGCAGCAGCAGCAGCAGCAACAGCAGCAACAAUUGCUGUCAGUUGA